AGGUUUCUCGCGUGUCCUGGCACAAAUUCCAAGGAGGGGUUUCCCCGCAAAGCAAUCCCUAGGUAUCAAGUACUUCUGCAGACAGUGAUGAAAGCUCUUUCUUGUACCUUCAAGACCAGGAGCAUCGUCCUGGUUUGUAAUUGCUACAUCCUCUUGUCCUCUGUGAGCCUGCUGGUUGGGGCAAGCUGCACAUCCGAUGCAAGCUGCGGCAUGGCGGGGGGGCUCGGGCUGGGGAAGCGAUGGAACGGCAUCCUAAAGGCGCUGGAGAAUUCCUUCAAGGCCCACAAGGAGAACCUGAGCAGCGUCAAGAAAGACUUCGAGGAGUACUGCAGUGCUCUAGAGAACAUCAAGGGAGCGAGCGUGAUCGAGUCGCUGCCGCGAUCGCCGCCGGUGGAGAUCAGCUCCAAGUUUGCUGAGUUGCGGAACCAUCACGUCAAAGGGAUCCUGGACGAGCUGGACAGGAAUGGGGAGGACAACAGCAUCUCCUCAGUCACCCCGGGGCCCGACGGAUCCCCGAGUCCCCCGGACUUGGUGAACGCCAAGGUCUCGAGACUGACGCAGGUGUCACGCGCUGAUCCGCCAAGGUUGACGAAGUACACGAGGAGGACGUCGAUGGAGGACAUUGUCGUUCCUGAUGUGCAUUAUGAGAAGCCGGUGGAGGAGAUUGUUUGCUUUCUCGACAUCGACAAGUGCUCGAUCUACGGGCAAGACGGAAAUGACCUGGCAAUUGCCAUGCAGUGGAUGCAGAAACCAUUCCCUGUCCUUGUAGAGCUUUAUCGGCGACUCCUCAACCCUCGUCUCAAGCAACUGUUUUCCCAACUUCGAAUGACCGUAAAGAAUCUCCCGGUCGUUCUCUACACCAUGAGACCUCAGCUGCUCCAGUAUCGCUCUGCUUGCAGAGAGGAGAGGUUCACGUUGAGAUGGAAGACGGAGUGGCAUCAUUCGGUGGACCAGGUCCUCAUUCCCACCGACAUCUCUGAUCCUUCGGAGAUCUUGGCUGAGUACAGCGGAAGUGUCUCCUUGUGGGAUCCUGAGAAGCAGGACCUGUACAUGUCGUUCCAGCGUUUGCUUGCCAUCCGUCAAGUCAUCCAAGAAGAGCUGGAACUGGAGAGCGUUCCUGAGUUGGUGGUCACCUCGGUGAUGAAGGAUGUACAAGGAACAGCGAUCAAACUUGGGCAUCGACCAGAGAAAUGCUAUUUGUGGGAUGACAACCAAGUGCUGGAGGGACAACCACACGUUCUCACCGUCGAGCCUUUCGUCGCAAUGGAUCCCCAUGGGAAGAAUUCCCUGCUGCAAUUCCUUCGAGACGAGCUUCCCGAGCACGAGCUGACUGAAGAAGUCGCUGAGUUCAUGAUUGGCGCCAAGCCGGAAAUGCGAUCGUUGGUCGAGAGCGAAAACUGCAACGGUUUUCAAUACCUCGUGCACGAAUGUAAUGAGAUCAAUCGAUUUCCCAUCCCCGACCUGCCGGUCUACUACACUCGACCAAGAUACACAGAGAUGCAAACCUUCCGAGAGGCGAUGAGAGAGAAAGACGCGAACAAGGAGGGAGGAUACAACAGCGCCAUCAUCGAGUUCUGGACACCACGAGGAGUUUUAGAACGAGACGAGCAGUUGGAGGCUCUCCAUCAAUGGCAGGAGAAAGUUGAGAUGAUAUGGUGAAGGCCGUUGGUUCUGUCUUGUAGACUAGUGUACAUACGUGUGAGAUAAUCGACAUGCUUUGUUGUGUUAAAACGAACUUGUUUG